CGGCGCUUCGGAGCAUUCGGCGGAGGGAAGUGGCGCAGCAUGAUGCGGCUGUGGCGAUCGGCGUUGCUGCGGGAGCUGCUGCUGCUCGGGCCGCCGGGGCCGGCCGGCGGCAGCGGCUCAGGUACCGGUGCCGGCACCAGGCGCCGCCCGUCGCCGCUGGCUGCCUUUGGAGCGAGCCCACCCGUCUCCCGCCGCGGCGGCCCGGGGCUGCUGCCGCCGCCGCCGCCUUCGGCUAGGGGUUUGUGCACGCGCUCGGAGGGAGCCUUGGAGGAGCCGGGGAAGGGAGCGCAGGCGCCGUCGCCGACCCCCGGCGAGCCCUCCGCCGACAGCGGCCACAACAAUAACCACGGCGGCGGCAAGGAGCUGGCCGGAGGCGGCGGCGGGGGGGAGAAUAAAGUGAAGCAAGGGCUCCUUCCUAGCUUAGAAGAUCUACUUUUCUAUACUAUUGCAGAAGGACAAGAAAAAAUACCAGUUCAUAAAUUCAUAACUGCACUCAAAUCUACAGGAUUGCGUACAUCUGAUCCCCGAUUGAAAGAAUGCAUGGAUAUGUUAAGAUUGACCCUUCAAACAACUUCAGAUGGCGUUAUGCUGGACAAAGACCUUUUUAAAAAGUGUGUACAAAGUAACAUUGUGUUGCUUACUCAAGCUUUCAGGAGGAAGUUUGUCAUUCCAGAUUUUAUGUCGUUUACUUCACAUAUUGAUGAGCUCUAUGAAAGUGCUAAAAAGCAAUCUGGAGGGAAGGUUGCUGACUAUAUUCCACAACUGGCCAAGUUCAGCCCUGAUUUGUGGGGUGUGUCACUUUGCACAGUGGACGGACAGAGGCAUUCUGUUGGCGAUACCAAAGUUCCAUUUUGUCUCCAGUCCUGUGUAAAACCUUUGAAAUAUGCUAUUGCUGUUAAUGAUCUUGGCACAGAGUAUGUGCACAGAUACGUUGGUAAAGAGCCUAGUGGAUUAAGAUUCAACAAAUUGUUCCUGAAUGAAGAUGACAGGCCUCAUAACCCUAUGGUGAAUGCUGGAGCAAUUGUGAUCACAUCUUUAAUCAAGCAAGGAGCAAAUAAUGCAGAAAAGUUUGACUACGUAAUGCAAUUCAUGAAUAAAAUGGCUGGUAAUGAGUAUGUUGGAUUCAGUAAUGCUACGUUCCAGUCAGAAAGAGAGAGUGGAGAUAGAAAUUUUGCAAUCGGCUAUUACUUGAAAGAAAAAAAGUGCUUUCCUGAAGGCACGGAUAUGGUUGCUAUACUAGACUUCUAUUUUCAGCUUUGCUCAAUAGAGGUAACAUGUGAAUCGGCAAGUGUGAUGGCAGCAACUCUGGCUAAUGGUGGCUUUUGCCCAAUCACUGGUGAAAGAGUACUGAGUCCUGAAGCAGUCCGGAAUACCUUGAGUUUGAUGCAUUCCUGUGGCAUGUAUGACUUCUCAGGGCAGUUUGCCUUCCAUGUUGGUCUUCCUGCAAAAUCUGGAGUUGCUGGUGGGAUUCUUCUGGUUGUUCCUAAUGUCAUGGGCUUGAUGUGCUGGUCACCUCCUUUGGACAAGAUGGGCAACAGUGUUAAAGGAAUUCACUUUUGUCAUGAUCUGGUUUCUCUGUGCAAUUUCCAUAACUACGAUAACUUGAGGCACUUUGCAAAAAAGCUUGAUCCUCGCAGAGAAGGUGGUGAUCAGCGGGUGAAGUCUGUGAUAAAUCUUCUGUUUGCUGCCUACACGGGGGAUGUGUCUGCGCUCCGGAGAUUUGCUCUGUCAGGAAUGGAUAUGGAACAAAGAGACUAUGACUCACGAACAGCCCUGCAUGUAGCAGCGGCAGAAGGACAUGUGGAUGUUGUUAAAUUCUUGUUGGAAGCAUGCAAAGUGAAUCCUUUCCCCAAAGACAGGUGGAAUAACACUCCUAUGGAUGAAGCUUUACAUUUCGGACACCACGAUGUGUUUAAAAUUCUUCAAGAAUAUCAGGUCCAAUACACGCCAUCAGAGGAUUCCAAGAAUGGGAAGGAGAACCGAACGGUUCAUAAAAAUCUAGAUGGCUUACUAUAAUCAUCUUCAGCUAGAUCCUAAGAAUCAAAUCACCUAUUUAAUUGUGGUAUACAUAAGUAAUGAAGAGCGUGUGUGUUUCUAUCUGAUAGUGGUAUAUAUUUUACGGAAGUCUCUGUUACUUCAGUGUUAUGUUACAGGAGUUUCUAUACGCACAGGACAAAUCCAAUCUCUCUCUAAAGAAACAAAACCAACUAAGAAUCUCCCUCCAUAAUGUGAGCAAUAUUACCUCAUGCUGCAUAUAAUUGAUGUAUAAAAAUAUUUAGCUGUUGUUGGCUUUACUGUGCACUACUUAAUUUAUUUUUGUGUUCUAUGUGAACUCUAGUCUGUGGUCAGGAUUUUUUCUGCUGAGUUUUUGUUUCCUAUAGCCUCUGUUUCCAGUAUGGCCAAGGUGAGCCAGAGUGCUGUCAGGUCUGAGCAUCAGUGAGGUUUUUCACAAGCUGAGGAUGCAGAUGUAGAUUUAAGCUGGGUGUGUUAAGUAAGGAUCUGCACUUACUGCUGGGAAAAUAAACCUAAGUAAAAAAGUCCACCUUGUUUACAUAAUAUAAAUAUCAACAGAGUAUAUAGAUGACAGUUGUCAAUGGUCUAGACUUGUUCUUAGGUAGUCUUGUCACGGAAUUUGUUUUAAGGUUUUUUGACCAAAUAGCGUAGGGGAAUGGGACAUCAAAGAGUGUUUAGUGAGGUUUUUGUCUUGGAAGAGUUUCUUUCAGUUCCCUUUGUCUCACCUCCCUCCUCGCUCUCCAUGUUCAGCUGCUAAAGUACUUCCCUGUCACUGGGGAAAGCGGGUGCUUCCACUCUAUGCAGUUGUGUUCCUAGCCAGGUACAUUUGCACUACAGCAAGCCUUGGCAAGCUGCAGAACCCCCCAGUGGGCUCAUGCGUGCUGUUCUUGGUGCUUGCACCAGGAACCAGAGAGGGGUAUGGAAGCAUGUGAAAGGCAAAGUACUAAACCAAAUAUUGCAUGUAGAUCUGACUUACUUUAGGCUUGCGAUAAGGAACACGGACAGAGUCAACCAGCUUUAAGGAGCAUAGAGCCAGUCAAAGAACGAGCAGAGCAGGAGAUAAGCCAAAUUUUUGGGUAUGUUCUCUUCUUGGACUGCCAUCAACCAGGGAGCAGGAUAUUGCACCAGUGGGGUUCCACUGGUGCAGAACAUGUUGUUCAGCAUCAGGAGCACAAGCAGGUGAUGCCUUUUGUGGUGAACGGUGGCACUCCUGCCUUGUCACUGGAGCCAGCUCAGCAUGUGCCCCAUCAUGGGGAAAUGUCAUUGCAGAUACUUGCUAUUUGCGGAAGUACGUUACUUGUUCCCUAUCCCACGUGCAAUUGCUUCUGCUGAUACCGUGGCACAGAACCUCUGAAGUGAUCAGUCACGGAGGGGUUGGAUAUUCACAAAACACCACAGGUGUGCACAUAGGCAAGAGUUUUAGCACAAGAAUUAUAGGCAAGAGUCAUUUAGCACAUGGAAAAGGAGAUUGUGUUUGAGAGUUGUGUGUGUGGCUGUUUUUAUUCUAGCACAUAGUGUACAAGCCAGCAGUAGAUCUCAAAGUCAAAAUUUUCUGUGUUGAGGCACCAAAAUCCUCCUGAAAUAAUGCCCAAAUCCUUUCUGGAAUGGCCCGAGCACUUUAUAAAGAUGAUCUGAACCACAUUAUCGUCCUUUUGCAAACGAGUACACUGAGGCAUAGAGAGAAGUAACUUCUCCAGAGUGACCCAGCAGGUCAGCGUGGCUGAGAGUAAAUUCUCUCACGUUCCUGUACAGGCUCUGGCUGGUAUAUGCCAUACUGCCUCCUGGCAGGGAAAAGUGCUUGAUACUCAUCACGAGCAGCGACUGUCCUCAUGAUGGUGGAAUCUUGGAAGAGUCUGAAAGCCUAAGGCCCAACAUAGCAUUUUGAAGCUGACUGGUAUGGUUAUCAAACACUUCUCAUCAAUCUUACUGUUCUUAAACUGGGGUUUUUUGUUUGUUUUUUUUCUCCUUCUCUUUUUUGGAGAUCAGCUAUUUUUCUGAAGGCUUUUAACCCAUUCUUUUCACAUCCUGUAUCACAGCCACCCACUUCUAACCAAGAACUACACAAAACGGCCUCUGGCUCUUUGAGCCACAUCAGUCACACAGUAGCACAAGGCCUCUGCCCUACUGCACCCUGAACUAAAUCCCAGCAUGUUUUCUCUGUCAAAUUCAGUGCAGAGGAAUAUUUUCAGAUGGAUUCCAGUGAAGUAUUCUGUAUCUCAGUGCUAAUCUGACUUCUUCCAUGUUUUAUUUCCUAUUAAGACAUAUCCUUUAGCUUCUCAGAAAAAUACCUGAUUCAGCUUUAUUUAACUGAAAUUUGCAUUGCUUGAACUGGCAUUUUUAAAAUAGAGGUAUAUUAUAGAAUACACGUGUAUUAAGAACCAAACCAACCCAAAAGAAGGAUUUAUACUGAGUUAACAUUUAAGGAUCAUGGCUGUCCCUAAGCUUAAUGCUUUCCUGAAUCAUACUGAGUGCUUUUAGCCAGUCCUUGCUUCAGUGCAUUUAUGCUGGUUAGUUUUAGUAUUUUCUCAUUGUGAGAAGAUGGAUUAUUUUGUAACGUCCAAUUCAGCAAUGCAGCUAUCUAGACAUGACGUUAUAUUUAUAAAUAUCAGUAGAUGCAGUACAUUGGUUUGGCUGUUUAGCAUUCAUGACACUGACAUGUAGAUUUUAUCGUAAAUAGCUUUUGGUUAUCUUAUCAGUCGCUGACUUCCUUAUGCUCCAAAGAGGAUUCCCCUACUCCUUUGUUUUUAUGUCACGUAUGUUUCUUCUGUAUCACAACCUAAAAUCGUCAAGCUAACUUAAUGCUUUGUACUCAGAAAUAUUGUGAUAGUCUUAGCAUUAAUUAGGCCUCUCUUUGUGAACAAAAUGUAUUGUACCAGAUUUUUUUGCUUCAGAGCUGGACUAUCAGUGACUAUACUUAUUGGCAGUGUACUUCUGGUCAUUGUAAUUGACUGGGCUGAUCUUGACUCUUAGAUUCAGUAUUGUGGGGAAUAGACAGUGAUGAAUGUAUUUCUAGCAGUUUCCCAUGAAUGAAUCUAAACUUGAGCUGUGCUGGUUCUGAAAAUGAAAGUUAUUUAUUUUAAGAAAUAAAAUCCAGAUAGUGUUGCUUUUUACAGCAUAAUAAAUGGAAAUACCAAGA